AUGAUAGUGGCAAGAAGGAAAAAUUCAUGCAAGAUAAGGCACAAUUGCACAAGACAUGUCCUACAUAAAGGUGGCCAUUUCCACUACGAAGCACAAAACCAUACACAUCUAAGCCUCAAAAAGAUACAUCAUUCACCCUCGAGUCAGACAAUGGCUCUUGUUGAUGACGAGCUCAAGGCCAAGGCCGAGGUGUACUACGACGAUGAGAUUUGCAAGCAGUGCACCAGGCUCCUGCUCAAGGAAGCAGGCCUCCCCAACGGCCUGCUUCCCCUGAAGGACAUCGUGGAGUGCGGCUAUGUCGAGGAGACUGGGUAUGUGUGGCUCAAACAAAAGAAGAGGAUAGACCACGUCUUCCAGAGCCUGGGAAGGGUGGUGUCUUAUGGCACUGAGAUCACUGCCUUCGCAGAGAAGGGCAGGAUCAGGAAGGUCAAAGGGAUAAAGACCAGGGAGCUCAUGGUGUGGCUCCCUGUGGAGGAGAUCUCCCUCGACGAACCAGCGACCGGUAAGCUCAUCUGCAAGAGCAUUGCCGGCUUUUCUAAGAUCUUCCCUGCAUCAGCUUUCCACAUCCCAGAGAAGGAGAAUGAGAAGGCCAACUGCGCCGGACCAAAACCAGUGGUCCUCAUGGAGAGGGCAGCACGGGUUGUUAAGAACAACUGA